AUGGCAUUGGUCUUCAGCCUCUUCCUGUUGCCAGUGGCUGCACAAUACUCUGAAGAUCCUGGUAGCAAAUUUCCUACUCCAACGGUGGAAAGCAAUUGCUUGCAAGAUAACUUGGCCGACAAUCAAGUGUACUACCAGAAGGUGGACCAAAUGUUCAAUGGCUCGUCGAACGCAAUUUGUCCCAACACCUUGGGCCUCUACGUGAAUCAGCCGUGCACUUGGGCUGCUGGCAGGGCCACCAUGACCGUGGCACCGGUGAUCAAUCAAUGCCAUUGGGCCAUCCGCAACUUCCAUUGGCAUGACAGCUCUGAUGAGUGGAGUUACAUGGUUCAAGGUGUGAUGCAGGUGUAUUUGACUUCUCCCUCAGGUUCAGUGGCGGUAAAUGACCACAUGAUUGCAGAGAGCUAUGCACAGUUGCCAGAUAAGAUCGCAGCUUAUUCCAUGGGGAUGAGCAUGGGCGAGUGGGCCACUGCAAAGCCGAAGAUGUCUGCCGACACUGGUACAUUCUUUGCAAAGGUGGAUUCUGCCAAGUUCAAGUGGCUGCCAGAAGAGAAUGCAGAACCAGCCGCAGUGAACCGUAGUGAUGUGGAAGUGGAGGAUACACGUCCAGGUCUUGGAAAAGGAAUUCAGGUCUGGAACAUUCGAACGGCUCAGUUCCCCUUUGCCACCAGGAUGUCUCAACAGCGCAUUGUCUUCCAGCCCGGAGGAUUCCGUUCCCUUGUGUGGAUCACCAAUGCGGCAGCCAUCAUGACCGUGAUCUCUGGUCACGUGAAUGCAGCCACCCAGGGUGGCAUCAGUGGUGGAAACAACACCGGACCAUCUUCCACGUCAUACGAGGCCACGAACUUGGGGCCCUUUGAUGCAUUCUACUUUCCCAUCCGCCGGGGCUACUGGAUCGAAGAAGCCACUGGAAAGGAGCCAGCGGAAGUGAUUGUGGUCUUCGAAGUCGGCAACUGGGAGGCUCUUGAAGCGAAAGACGGUUUCAGCUGUGCCAACCCUCUGGGAGCUCCCUGGGCAUAUGAGGCUACAGCCGGCGGCAUUGAGUGUCCAUCAACAGCGGAGUUGGUGCAACGUGACGGAAAACGCCACAAGAGCUUGCGUCGUCAUGACAAUUCUGAUACUCAAUCCUUGAUGCAGCAGCCCAAGCAAACUGAGAUCGAGAACUCUGAGUUGUGA